UUCCUUGUAAUUAAUGUUUUUAUGAACCAAAUUAUAAUAAAAAUUGAUAUCUUUUUGCAUUUAUAAAUUGUUUCUAGCCUUUAUUAUGUUAUAACCAAAAUCACCUAAAAUUUUUGAAACUACUGAUAUAUUAUGCAUUCCGUUUAAGAUGACGUACUCAGCCUGCUAUUUAAUCCCUUAUUUUGAGUCAACGCACUUUAGCCAUUUAUUGAGGUGACCGGAACCACGUUAUUCAGUGCUGAGUCUCAACAUAAGAACAUAUAUUAUAAAAUUUGAAUUGAUAUGUCAUAGCUAAUACAUAAGAAAACAAGUUAAAAGAGACUUACAGUUGUUUUGCUGUUUUUUUUAUUUUUCUAAAACCCCAGACUAAAUCAUCUAGUAUUUAUGAUAUUUGAUGCAAAAAAUUUUUACACCGCAAACAUCAUCAUUUAUAUUGUAGACCUUGAAUAGCGUUUUAUGUCUAAUAAAAAUAUCAUUAUGUAUAAAGUUUCUAGCCGUAAUAAUGAAAUUAAUUCAUAACUAUCCUUAUAAUAUAAUAGAUAUGAAAAAUAUACGAGGCCAAACUCCUCGAAUUGUGAUUGGCUAAGAAUAAGUCAAAAAUGACACGUCUGCGCCUGCGCGCGAAAAAUGUAUGCUAACGAGGACAUAUGAAAGUAGUUGAGUGACUUAUCUUAACUCAGUUUCGUCACUAUUCUGUGUUCACUAACAACACUUAUAAUUCAUAAACUAUCAAUAUUUGAUAUAUAAGUAUUACAUUUUAAAAGAAGACUAUUUUCAAUUAAGAUAUUGUUUAAUUUUCAAUGAUGUGGGAAAAACGUAUAAAGAGUUUACAAUCAUUUUUAAAUGAAGUCAUUGGUAGUGAAUUAAGUAUUAAAAGUUAUAAGACCGAUGAGUUAUCAGCUGGUGAGAAUUAUCAAAGCAAAAUCAUCAGUGUUGAUUUAAAAGAUAAUAAAAAAAAAGACACUGAUCAAAAUGAUAAUAUUUCUAUAAUCGUUAAAAUGCUACCAAUGAUUGAAGGUUUUCGAGAAGUAUGUGAACUUAAUUCGUUAUUCAAAAAAGAAAUUUCUAUGUAUGAAACAAUAUUGCCAGCUUAUAAAAGAUUUGAAAUUGAUAGUGGUGUAAGUGAGAGUGAAGUACUCAAAUUCACUCCAGUUUAUUAUGGUUCAAAAUUAAAUCCCAAUGCGGAAGUCAAUUUGCAUGAAGAUGAUAAUACAUUUAUCGUAUUGGAAAAUUUAAGAACUCAAGGUUACUACAAAGUCGAUCGAAAAACUGGCGCAGAUCUUGAUCAUUCAAAAUUAGCAAUACAAGCUAUGGCUAAAUUUCAUUCUAUUGGAAUAGCUAUGAAACACAAAAACCCAGAAGGAUUCAAGAUUGUGAAGAAAGAAUCUACUCCACUGAAGGUAAAACAUCCUGAAGAUUGGAUCGGGGUCAUCGAAAAUAUAUUCAAACUAAUAGCAACUGACUCAAUGAUUGAAAAAUAUAUUGAUUCGUGUCAGAAAUUAUAUAAGCUGGAAGCCGAUCAUCGGACAUCUACACCGCCCGAACCAUGGUCUUCAAUAGUUCAUGGAGAUUUUACAACUUUAAAUAUACUAUUUCAUCAGUGCCCAGAUAAAAGUAUUCCUGAUGAUGUCAAAUUUGUUGAUUUUCAAUUACACACAUUUACUAGCCCACUACGUGAGCUUGCACUCUUUCUUACCACUAGUACUACUCAACAAGUUUUUCAUAAUCACUAUGAUGAACUUCUUGAUCUAUAUUAUGAGACUCUCAACAAUAGAUUAACUUUAUUCGGUGUUGAUACUGAAUUAUACUCAAAAGAAAGCUUCACUAAUCAAUAUCGUCAGGAUGCACGAUUACAUUUUCCACAUUGUGUUACGAUAUCUCAAAUAGUCACUUUGGAUUUUGAAAAAAAGGAUGAAACUAUUAAAAACCUCAUAAAAAUUCUCGAAAAUUCUGGAAAUGAUGUAUUUUGUAACAAGCUACGAGACAUUGUUUUAUUGUAUCAUAAUCGUGGAUGGUUUGAUUGACUAUUAACUCUGUAAUUUGUUAAAAUUCUCAAAGUUGUAUCAUAAAUUAUGAUUUUUAUUUUAAUAUUUAUGACUGGUAGAUACAAAA